CUCGGCACGAAUCGCCACAACCACUGAUUACACAUCGUUAUCUCUCUCUCCCUUUCUCUCUCUUUCUCUUUCUCUCUCUCUCUCUUGCACGGAUUGAUUGAGUGAGUGAGUGAGACACAAACAAGGCUACCACAUCAUGCGGUUCUUUACGCAGAUACCGACGGGCCACUCUGAUGUCAUCCAUGAUACCGCCUUUGACUUCCAUGGCAAGCGACUGGCUACCUGCUCCUCCGACCAGGUCGUCGAGGUGUGGGACCAGUCAGAGGGCGGGGAGUGGUCACUGACUGGAAGGUGGAAGGCGCACGCAGCUUCGAUCUGGAAAGUGGCAUGGGCGCAUCCGGAGUUUGGCCAGGUCCUCGCUACCUGCUCCUUUGAUCACCAUGUCAUCAUCUGGGGCGAGCCUGAACGCCGGCUGGCUCCGUCGUCGCCGCGCGAUCCGGCGUCAGCGUCGCGCUCGUCGGAUCGCGGCUCGGCUGGCGAGGCUGGUGCGAGCAGUGAGGCGGGCAACGAGGGCGGUGCGGGCAAGAGCCGGUCGGCCGGUGGAGUCGGCGACGACGACGGGCCGGGCGGGUGGAACAAGUACGCGUCGCUUGUCGACGCUCGCGAGUCGGUCAACGACAUCGAGUUUGCGCCACGCCACCACGGCCUGCGGCUGGCGGCUACGUCGGCAAAGGGCAUCGUCCGCAUCUACGAGGCGUCGGAUGUGACAAACCUUAACUCGUGGUCGGUCGCAGAGACCAUCGACGACGCUGGCGACGGCGCAGGCAACGCCCUUGCGUGGAACCCGUCGCGCUUUGCCUCGCCGUCGAUGGUGACCGGUGGCAAUGGGUCGGCUCCGCUCAUCUACCAGUUCUCGGACUCUUCCAACCGGUGGGUCUGUGUCGAGCGCCUUGAGGGCCACGAGGACGCCAUCCACGACGUCGCCUGGGCGCCCAACAUGGGCCGCCGCUUCGAGCUCAUUGCAUCGGGCUCCAAGGACGGCUCCGUCCGCCUCUGGCGUCUCGAGCAGGGCUCCUUUGCCUCUUCGCCCAUCGCCACCUUUGACCAGCACCACUCGCAGGUCUGGCGCGUCAAGUGGAACAUCACUGGCACCGUUCUCGCCUCGUCCGGCGACGACGGCCUCGUCCGCCUCUGGAAGCGGGACUUUAUGGACGAGUGGCGCCUUCUCUCGGAAAUCUCCGGCGACAAGGGCGAGGCCAUUCCGCAGAGCAGCGCCGUCGCCGCCGCCACCUCGUCUGCCCAAUGAUCAUCUACCGCCGUCGUCACGAGUUGCGCCGCCUCACAGUGAACACGAGCCACCCUUGUC